GCCAUGUUCCUCAGGGUGGGCUGGCUGGUGCUGUACAGCCUCGCUGCGCUGCUGCUCAGCUGCCUGUUCUUCCUGAAGAAGGAGGCCCAGCCAGCGGGGGGCCCCAUGGUCCAACAGCCCUUCUGGGCUCCCCUGGGGCCCCGGCACAGCCAGUGUCCACCCAACCACACUGUGGCUAAUGCCUCCCUGUUCCUGCCUAACCGUCACCGCCUCUUCUUGACCUAUCGCCACUGCCGCAACUUCUCCAUCUUGCUGGAGCCUUCGGGCUGUGCUGAGGACACCUUUCUGCUCCUGGCCAUCAAGUCGCAGCCCGGCCACGUGGAGCGGCGUGCGGCCAUCCGCAGCACGUGGGGCCGCGCAGGAAGCUGGGCUAAGGGCCAGCAGCUGAAACUGGUGUUCCUCCUGGGGGUGGCAGAACCUGCGCCCCCAGCCCAGCUGCUGGCUUACGAGAGUCGGGAGUUUGAUGAUAUCCUACAGUGGGACUUUGCUGAGGACUUCUUCAACCUGACACUCAAGGAGCUGCACCUGCAGCGCUGGGUGGCAGCUGCCUGUCCCCAGGCCCAUUUCACGCUAAAGGGAGAUGAUGAUGUCUUUGUCCAUGUCCCCAAUGUGCUGGAGUUCCUGGAUGGCUGGGACCCAGCCCAGGACCUCCUGGUGGGAGAUGUUAUCCGCCAGGCCCUGCCCAACAGGAACACCAAGGUCAAAUAUUUCAUCCCACCCUCCAUGUACAGGGCCCGCCACUACCCGCCCUAUGCAGGGGGUGGAGGGUAUGUCAUGUCCAGAGCCACCGUGCAGCACCUCCAAGCAGCUGUGGAAGAGGCCGAACUCUUCCCCAUUGAUGACGUAUUUGUGGGGAUGUGCCUGAGAAAGCUGGGGGUGAGCCCCAUGCACCAUGCUGGCUUCAAGACAUUUGGAAUACGGCGACCCCUGGACCCUCUGGAUCCCUGCCUGUAUAGAGGGCUCCUUCUGGUGCACCGCCUCAGCCCCCUGGAGAUGUGGACCAUGUGGGCACUGGUAACAGAUGAGGGGCUCAAGUGUGCAGCUGCCCCCUUGCCCCAGCUUCGAGGGGUGGGUUGAGCGAGUGGUCUGUUAAUUUUCCAAUCAUAAUGAGAAAUCGAGAACCUUGAACCUUGGCCCUUGAUAGCCUACAGGAAAUGCUGACUUUGUGUUUUGUAACCCCCUCCCAAACCUUUAACUUUGAUUAAAACACUGAA